AUGAAAAAGCAAUCAACUAAUAGUCAAAAUAGUUCGGUUGGUUUCAAUCGAACAUAAGUUUUCUAGUAAAGAGCUGAACAAUCAAAUCCUUUUGAUAAAACACUUAAAUCUGCCAACCCAGAUACAAAAGCUUUGAUUUAAAGUUUCUUAGGUAAUCAAUCAAACUAAUAAAGAUGCCAAUGCAAAUUCAAAUUUAGAUAAACAUCCCUAUAAUUAAAGGGUCUUUACCAAAACAAUUACUGUGGAAGCAAAUGUAGAUGAAAUCAAAUUUGAUAACAUUCCAGGAGUGUUAUAACAGAAAAAAUUUAAUUAUGGUAAUGUUUAUAAUGAAAGAUCUAAAAAAAGUCCAUAUGUUAUUAUCUAAUCAUUGAUUAGACGUUACUUAGCUAAGAAGCUCGUUAAUGAAAGAAAGAAAUAUUUUUAGAAAUUACUAAAAGAAGAUUAAAAGAUUACUAUUGUAGAUAAAUGGGUAAAUGAUGAGAAAUAAUGGGCUUAAUCAGUUUUAUCAAAACUUAAAGUAAAACCAAAAAAGGAAAUAUAAGAAAGAAAAACAAUUUCAGGAUUAGAUAAAAAUAACCCAUUUUAUCAUACAUAGAUAGAAAUUAUGGGUGAAAUGGGUGUAUUAGAGAAAGAAGACUUUAUAGAAAUCAAUCCAGCAACUGCAUUUGCCAAUCCAGGAAUUCCAAUAACAGAUGAUAUAAAAUUAAAAAAACCACCUUUAAGUAGAAUUAGACCAAAAUCAGCAUAUUAGAGUUAAGUUAAACCUAAGACUAUGCCAAUUUAAUUGCCAAAUGAUAAUUGUUAAAUAUGGAAAGCAUUAUAUAAGAAAAAAUAUGGAAGAGAAAGUUUGCAUGAUCUUUCAAUGAAAGAAAUAAAAAUAACAGAUGAUUAUAUAAAAAUAGAAAAUUAAGAAGCAGUUAAAGAUAAGGCAAGAAUAAAUAAAAUAAAUAAAAUAUUAGAGAAGGAAGUACCAAAAGAAUUGAAAGUUUAAAAAUAAAAGUAAACAACAUCAAAAAAGAAAUAAUUAGAGGAGAGUAUAGAAGAUGAAGUAUAGAGUGAAUAGGUUUAAUCUGAUAUAGUAGAUGAGGUAGAGGAAGAAAUUCCAGAAGAAGAAGAUAUUGAAGAAGCAGUUGAUGAAGAGGGAGUAGCUGAAGAGAUUGAUGAUAUAUAAUCAUCUUAAAUAAAGGAAGAAUCAAUAGUUUAAGAAUCUUCAGUUAUUCGUGAAUCAAUACCAUCAGCAUAAAAAAGUUCUAAAAUAAUUAAAGAAUCUAUUUAAGAAGAUUAUGGUGAUGAUUUUGAAGCAGAAGAAUCAUAAAAAGUGAAGACUCAACAUUCUUAAUAUGAUGAUGAUUAAUUUGAUUCUUAUCAUAGUUAAAUAGAAGGAGAUACUCAUAGAAAGAAGAUCACUCCAAAAUCUAUUAGUGAUAAAGUUGCUAUAUCUCCUUAAACAUUUGUACCUGAAAUUAAAUCAAUUCCUAUUGAAAUUGAUCCAGGAUGGACUACAAAAAGAGCAAAUCUUGAAGCUGAAAUAUUGCUUAAAAAUUAUAGAGAAAAGUAUUCUAAAUUAAGAGAAGUAGAAAUUAAUGAUGAAGAUUUUGAACCACUUAAGUAAGAACAUAGAGACUUAAAAUUCAUUUAAUAAUAAGUUAAUAAUUUAAUUACUCAUACAGGAGAUUUUUAUAAAGGUUGGAAAGAUGCUGUUAAUCCAUAACCAAGUUAAUCAGCAGAUAAAUUAUAUGCUUAAUUUUAAUAUGAAUUUUAAAGACUUUUAUCUAUGAAUAGUUUAGGUACUAGAUUUAGCAAGAUCUUAUCUUAAACUAUAGUCAAAGAUGUACCUGUUGGAAAUGUUAAAAAUAUUAUGAAUGGAAUAGAAUAAUAAAUGUAAAUUGUUUAGCAAGUCUUAGAAAAUUUGUUAUUUUAAGUAUAAUAAAUAUUUGAUUUUAAAUAAACUAUGGAAGAAAUGAGAUUAUAUAGAAAGGAAAUGGAUUAAAAAUUAUAAUGGUUAUUAUUUAAAUAAGAUAAACUUAUUAAUAAUUAAUUAGGAAAAUAAUUAGAAGAAAGAGAUAAGGAUUUAAAAAAAUUUAUUGCAGCAUUAUUUGAAAAAUAAAAAUUUGAAUUUGGAUCAAGAAAAUUAGCAGCAACUGUUGAUCCUCAUUCUUUAUCUGAAGCACUCUUAAAGAAUUAAGGAUUAUUGUCUUAUAAAUUUGAAUAAUCAGCAUAAUCAAAAAAAGACUCAAGCAUUGGUAGAUAAAGAGAUAAAAGAAGUGCAAGAGAAGAAUCAUAUUAUUAAGCAGAUUUUGAAGGUGAGGAAUCUGAAAGAAUUAAGACAGAAAAAUCUGAAUAGAAUAUCUAUGAAUUAUCAUAUAAAAACAGUCUUUCAGAAGAUAGAGAAGUUGAAGAUGGAUCUCAAAAAUCAGAUAUAGAUUGGUAAAAUGAUAUUAAUUUAUUUGAAAAUACUUAAAAUUCUUUUGUUGACAAGAAAGACAUAGAUGUUUAAUAAAUUGUUGAUUAUCUAUAAGAAUAACUCUUAAAGGAAAUUUUGGGUGAUCCUUUUCCAAUUAGAGGGUAAUUAUAAAAUUCUUAAGUGAAAAAUGAAUCCAAUUUAUCAUCAUAAUAUAGUCAAUCAUUUGAGGAGGAAUCAUUAUCAGCUUCUAAAGAAAUAGUAUAAGAACCAAAGUAACCACCUCCUCUUGCAGUAAAACCAAUACAAAAUAAAGAAAAAGUUGAUGAUUUUGGAAUGGGAAAAUCAGCUAUUAAUAGAGAUGAACUUUCAAAGGAAUUUGAUUUAAGUGAAAAUCUUGAAUUUCCAUAAUAAUCAGAAAAUAAAGAAGAAGGAAAGGAAGUUAAAUUGGUUGCAGAUUUUAGAUAUUAAAAUUUUGUAAAAUAAAUUAUUGACAAAUAUGGUAAAAUAUUGGAAGGAAAGGAGAAAUAGAUAAUAACAAAAUUCCAAUAAAUUUAAAAAAAAUACAAAUAGGAUAAAAAGAAAACUUUAGGAUAUCUUCUUGCUACUGAGUUUAAAUUUUUAGAUUAAAAACAAGUUAAUGAAUAAAAUGCUUUCUAAAUUGUUUAAUCCUUAGAGGAACAAUUAUGUGAUUAACUAUUAAAAUAAUAUAAUGAAGUAUAUAUUUAAAAAAUAAAUUAGAGUUCAAAAUUAGAUUUGAAAAGUGCUUUAGAUUAAGCAAAAGUUUUAGUACUUAAAAUUACUGAAAAAAGAAUACCAAUAGAUGCUUUCAGUUCAUCCUAUAACUUUUAGCAAAUAUACUAACAUGCUUAAAGAAAACCUCCAGCAAAGGAAUGUCCAGUGAGUUAGGAUUUGGGAGAUGUUUACAUAAAUGAAGAAAUGGAUAAAUUUGGUGGAGAAGUAUAUAUAGAAAUAUAUUAUUAAGGCAACUGAUUUUAUUCUAAAAUAAUUGGUGAAGAACACUUUAACAGAUUUUGAUAAAAUUCUACUAAAAAAGAAGAAGUGA